CGGUCUUCCGGUCUAUUACGGAUGUUGUGUUUGGAUACACCAGAACCCCACAACAGACCACCACGAGGAAAAUAAGCAAAUGUAUUGAACACGAAAGAUAAUUUACACGACAAUAAUAUUCGUACAGUAACAACGCUCUGAGAUUAACGGGACUACUUAUAACAGCGAAUGAUAAAUGACCGCGAGCGAGCCAUGGAUUAAGGGCGCCGACCGUAUAGGCAUUUUAUGAGAACUUUUCAAAUCAGAUCAAGCAUUUGGGUACCAUGGAUGGCGAGUUACCACCAUGGAAUAAACACGGAAGCCAUAACAGCAGGGUUCCCUAUAAUAUAUCAGGGGAACAUCAGGAGGAUAAUGACUUGAUAGGAGACAGCUUUGCAGCGGGAGAACCCGUGUCAUCGCUGUCAUCUUGUAUGAGUGGUGCAUUUAAAGCUUUGUUACCAGAUUACCAUGGAACUUCCUCAGAAAUGACGACAAAUUCUGUUAAAUAUUCAUAUUCUCCCAAUAAUCAUUGUCUCAUCAAACCUGGUGCUGCAGUGGAUGAUAAGAUAGUGGAGAGAAGGGAAAAAAGCGAUUUUCUGAAAGACCCUUUGUGUGAAGCAUCAGCUAGUGUCACACAUUUGCUUCCACCCAGAUGUGCCCAAUAUGUGCCACAAGAAAAGGACCAAGGAAACUGUAAUUGGACGUCCGUGAUCAAAGAUGCUCUAGAGAUGAGUAAUGGAAUGGAAAUGGAACCGACUUUAUCCAUGGAUGUAUGUGGCCCCUUAAUAGACUUCAAUGCUGUAUAUAAAGGACCUGAAACUGAGGCAAAAUUUACAUUAAGAGAUGACUAUCAGAUAGCAGGAUCCAAACUAAAUGAGAGACAGGAUGGGCAAGGAAUGAAAGAAGAACCGGAUUCCUUUAUUUCAAUGUUGUCAGAUGGCAUCAGUAAAAAGAAAGAUGUUCUGGAAAUGGGGGAAAGUGAUGAGCCAAGCGUAUUAGCUGUAGGAUCAUCUCUAGGAAAGGAGGAACUUGGAAUGACUGGAUUCAGAGAAAAUGAGCCAGGGUUAUUAUCAGGAUUUAAUAGGAGUUCAUACACUCCUUUUUCUUCUUCAGAAGGUUUUGUGAAAAGUGAAAAGUUCCCAGGUAUUCCUUCGGUCAAGCAGUCUGUUGAACACACCCUCCAAGGAAUCACACAAGGAUCCGAGUCGUGCAAAGAUGUCAGUCCAGAAAAAACUGCGGGCACAGAUAUUUGCUUCAAACAUGCAACAGGAAACAAUAAAACUGUUCCUGAAGGAUCUAAUCUAUAUGGUUUUCAUCAUCUUGAUCUUCAAAAGGACUGUCACCAAGCAGAGAUUACAGAUGGAAACACUUCAAUUAAUUACCAGGAUCAUUCCUUACAGCAUGAUGUGCAAGACAAGAAGGUAAACACAAGCAAUCUGCAUGUCUCUGAGUCUAAAACAAAUAAUGCUGAAAUCAGUCUAAAGAUGGAAACAGAAUCUGCCCCUGAAAUUAAUAACUCUACUUUAGGGUCAGAGACAGUUCCAGAUCAAACGGUUGUAUCCAACAAAAUUCAUCUCGAUUAUAAAUGUAAGGAUUCUCCGAUAGAACCAGGGGAAAGUGGCAAAUUAAAUCCAAGUACAGUUCUUCUGCCUUGUGAUGAAAAGGUACAAAACUCUGAAAAAAAUGAAAACACAUUUCUCAACAUUACUUCAGAAAGCAGUAUUCCUCCAACUACUGAGAAUGUUCAUGCAGCUCCACCUUCUCCCACUUCAAGGAUCGAUUGCUCCUCUCAGCCUAACCUACAGAAAGCAUUGCAAAAGUGUAAGAAAUCAAGAAAAAGAAGAAAAUCUGAACUUGAGAAAUUAAAUGGACCAAUACACAAGUCUAAUAAAAGAGAUUGUUCUGUGUAUGGCACAGGAAUCUGUGCUGUCAAACCGGACACAACUGGAAGUGAAGAAACUAAUCAAGACUUUUCAUUGACUAAAAAUGACAGUACUGCAAUGAAAGAAGAGGACUUAAUUACAAAUGGUGUAAACCCACCUUCACCUAGAAAUAAAUUACUAUGUCAUUCACAACUGCGGAUGACACAACUUGAACUAGUGGAAGAUACAGCAGAGACCUCACGAAAACCAGAUCAUAGCUGCUCUGAAACCUCUCAGGUAAAAGCAUCUUCAACCGCUAGGAUCGACAAGAAGGCUGUUUCUAGAAGGAAACAGAAGAACAGAACAAGGUUACAUUUAGAAGCAAAAAAAUCUGCUAGAUUUAGCAAUCAGUGUUUGUCUCAAAGCACUGUCUUGUCCUCAGAAGAGGACUGUACGUCACAUUUUCAGGUCAGUGACGCCACCCAGGUGAAAGAAGUCAGUAACCCAGCAAUAAUCCAACAGGCCAUCUCUGGAUUAGAGUCCAGUAUUCCUGAGUGCAGUCCAAAAAAAUCUACAAAAAAGAAAACAUUGCAAACAGAAAAAUAUGCUCUACUAACACUACAAAGCAAAGGUGAUCCGCAUGAUGAUCUCACAACAUUUUCAGAAGUUGAGGCAGACUUAAUGGACUUCAAGAAGCAUCAGAAAGUGAGAAGACCUGGUAUAAAAGCUUCUAAAGGCAAAAAUGACAAGCAUGCAACUAGUCUGCUCAAUAGUCAGCCUUUACUAGAGUCUGUGAGUCAAACAGAUUCUGUUUCAACCUCAGUGACUGAAUCUUCAAACAUUCUAAGCCCUCAGAAAAACCCAAAGAAAUCAAGGCAAAAGAAAAGAGCAGAUAUCAAAAAGGCAUCAAAAUCCCCACAAGAGAAUAUUCCCUUACCGUUAUCCAAAUCUAAGGAAAACAUGGUGAUUUCCAACACAAGGACUAUGACAGAAAAAAGAUCUGUAAAGAAAGCUAUUAGAACAGAUGACUGUGACACUACUCUUUUGGACUUACAACCUUCUACAGCCACUCAGGAGCAAAAAGAUUCUGCUCCAACUGCGGAAACGGAAGCUGAGUCACCAAUUGUUUUCAGCACACCAAGGAAGUCGGUGAAAAAGAAAUUGUCAAAUAUUAAACGUAAAGCAGUACAUAUACCUGCAGUUGACCAAACAAAAGCUCAAAGUGUUUUGAAUCCACUCUCAGAAUCUGAUGCCAGCAUUGUGCAACCAACUAUAAGAAGGUUCAGCACAAGAAAAACACUUGACAAAUUUGUUUCUCAUAACACAGUCAGUGAGAACUGUGAAUCUGUUCAUUUGAAUCAGUCAGUUUCUUCAGAUGAUUCUGUGUCUGCUACAGUAACUGAGUUUUCAGGUUUCAGCCAAAAGAACACAGAAAAAACAUCAAGUAAAAGGAGAAAGACAAAUAUCAAAUUUAUGGAGGCACAAACAUCCACUACUAGCCAAAAGAAAGAUGUUCCUGUACUGCCUUCAGAAGACUUUGCAUCGAUUGUGGUUUCGAAUCCAGAAAAGAUUGUGAAAGUCAAAAAACUUUCUAGAAACAAAACAAAUGACAACCACUUAAAUGAUCAUUUGGUUGAAGACACAUCUUUAUUAGCAUUUGUGACACAAGAAAAUUCUAUUUCACCUUCAAAGAUUGACUCUUCAAGCAGUUUUAGACAAACCAACACACUGAAAAAGCCAAGAAAAAAGACUGCGACCAAAAUCAAAAAUGAGGCAGAAGAAAUACUCGGUGUAAACCAGCAUGAAGAUUUGGUUGCAGUAACCUCAAAACCUAGUGCAAACAUAGUGGCCUCCAGUUCACAGAUGACUUUAAAAGAAGAAAGACUUGUGGAAAAGGCAAUUACAGAGGAAGUGAAGGACAACCACGCAACUGCUCUUUUUGUCAUGCAGACUUCUACAGCCACUUUGCAGCACGCUGAAUGUGUUUCAACUUCAUUUGCUCACAGCACACCAAAAAAAUCUAAGAAAAUGUCUGACAUUCAAGGUGGAGUACUACAUACACCUGCAGUUGACCAGUCAAUGCAACAAGAACUCCAUCCAUUUGAUUCUUCAUCAACAACAGAAAUUGAUAAUGUCCUAAACCAAAAGAAGAUAAAAGUGAAGACGAAAAGACAGAGUAAAAAGUUCACUAAACGCAAAACACAUGUUACCCAAGCAAUCAGCAGUAUUAGAGAACAGUCUUUUCCAGCUACUGUGCAGCAUGAAAAUUCAGUUUCAAACAGAAACACAAAUUCAAGGUCUGAAGAAAUGGCACAGAAACAUAAGAAAAAGAAAACAUCAGCACUAAAAGUUCGAAAUUCUCAACCAGAGGACUAUGCUGAACAUUCUACGAUUUUGCCAGCACUUUUGCCUCCACCAAUAUCUCUGGGUAAGGAUGCAACACAAGACCCUUGCAUAAAAACAGAUGCUGUGAAAGAAUCAGCUGAAAGUCAUGUUGAAAACCAGGAUUUCAUCACUACUGAAGCUGUCGCAUGUUCUCAGAGCUUGCUGAAGAAGGCAAAGAAAACAAAAGGGAAACAAUUGCUAGUGCAAAAAGAAGUUAAUGAACAAAGCAAGAUCCUAGAGCUGGCACACAGAGAGAACAAAAUGUCAGAUGCGCCAUCUGUUGUGCGGGAGGUAGCUUCUGAGAAUUUUGAAACGUUAGAAGCAGACAGCUGUGACCAGCAUUUGAAGGUUGCUAAGAAGAAAGCCAAAAAAUCCAAGCAAAUUGCAGAAACGCAUGAAUUUGCUAAUGUUUCUUUGUCUCAAGAGAAAAACACUGGAUCAGAUGAGGCAGGUGUCAUGGUCACCUUUACACAGAUCCAAGAUUUCUGUGAACCACCUGAUGGUCAGACUGUAGGAUCACCGCAGCCUGAAAAAGAUGGUGAUGUGGUUAAUCAGAAAGAUGUAAUCAAGGAAGAGAGUAGAAUUAAAGACCUCAAAACCACAAAAACCCCUAAAACAAAGAGUAGAAAAGCUGGACGAAAGAAGAGGAAGAUAGCAGGCCUGUUAACUCAAACAGUUAAAGAAGAGGAACAUAAAGAUAUAUCUUAUGAUAACAGAAUUGCCUGUGAUUUUCAAAACAACACACAAAUUCAAAUUUCUGAUAGCUCACAGAGGACAGCAGUUAUUCCAGAGGAAUCCGUAACGAAAUCAAGAAAAUCAACCCGCACACAAAAAACUAACUUGGGUUUAUUUGUUGAAAAUGUGUCAACCCAGGGUUCUUUAGACAUCACUGAGUGUCAUACAAGGCUUGGAGAGACUCUUUACAGUUCCAUGCAGCCUGCUGAUUGUGAAAACCAAUACACUGUUGAGGAAAAGUCACCAAGACGAGGAAGACCGCCUUCAAUUAAAAGCAAGGAACAGAAGUUACCGAUAGCACAUUUAGAAGAUAACGCCUCUCCAUCUGUCCAGAUCUCAGAUCUCUCUUCAUGUGAGGACAACGCAAAGACUCUUUCCAGUUCCAUGCAACCUUCUUAUUGUGAAGACCAGUACACUGUUAAGCAAAAGUCACCAAGACGAGGAAGACCGCCUUCACUUAAAAGCAAGGAACAGAAGUUACCUAUACCACAUUUAGAAGAUAACUCCUCUCCAUCUGUCCAGAUCUCAGAUCUCACUUCAUGUCCGGACAGCACAGAGACUCUUUCCAGUUCCAUGCAACCUGCUGAAUGUGAAGACCAGUACACUGUUCAGCAAAAGUCAACAAGACGUGGAAGACCCCCCUCAAUUAAAAGCAAGAAACAGAAGUCAUCAAUAGCACAUUUAGAAGAUAAUACCUCUCCAUCUAUUCAGAUGUCUGAUUUCUCUUCAUGUCCAGACAGCACAGAGACUCUUUCCAGUUCCAUGCAACCUGCUGAUUGUGAAGGCCAGCACACUAAGCAAAAGUCAUCAAGACGAGGAGGACCCUCCUUAAUUAAAAGCAAGAAACGGAAGUUAUCUAUAGCACAUUUAGAAGAUAACACCUCUCCAUCUGUCCAGAUCUCCGAUCUCUCUUCAUGUCAGGACAGCACAGAGACUCUUUCCAAUUCCAUCCAACUUGCUGAUUGUGAAGGCCAGUACACUGUUAAGCAAAAGUCACCAAAACGAGGAAGACCCUCCUCAAUUAAAAGCAAGAAACGGAAGUUAUCUAUAGGACAUUUAGAAGAUAACACCUCUCCAUCUGUUCAGAUCUCAGAUCUCUCUUCAUGUCAGGACAGCACAGAGACUCUUUCCAGUUCCAUGCAAAUUGCUGAUUGUGAAGACCAGUACACUGUUAAGCAAAAGUCACCAAGACGAGGAAGACCCCCUUCAAUUAAAAACAAGAAAAAGAAGUUAUCUAUUGCCCAUUUGGAAGAUAACACCUCUCCAUCUGUCCAGAUCUCAGAUCUAUCUUUAUGUCAGGACAGCACAGAAAAUACUGUCAAAGCAGCUGCAAGUCCAGCGAAGCAGAAAGUUGUCCAACCCCUUAAAAAGAGAAAGGUUAUUAAAGUGGAUAAUGUAAUGGUUACCAAACAAUUGGGGGCUGAUCCCUCAGAAUCCCUUCAGAGUGUUACUGAUGACUUGUCACACAACAUCCCUGCACUUAAGCAUAAAAAAGGGAAGAACUUUAAAAGACUUAAGUUAUCAAGCUUGAGAGUGUCCAGCAGAACAUCUGAACCAUCAGUCAAAGGUUUUCAGAAAGCAGAUAUACAUUCCCUCCCUCAAAAUUUCACAAACGAUUUCAAUGAGAAAGGGGAAACAUCUUUGCCUAUGCCUGGAACAGUGAAGAAACAAGAUGGAGAUGUCCUGGCAGAUAUAAAGAUUGAGAAUAAGGCAACGGUUAAAGUAGUUAAAGGAGGAAAACGUGGUCGGAAAAGACGAAAAAUUAAAGAACCACACCGUGACCUUGUAACUGAACAUGAAGAGCUUCAAAGAUUAUCAACAAAAGCCAAAAAUAACAAAAUACAAGAUUGUUCUGAACCAGCUAAAAGUUUACUCACAAAGUUUAGUAUAACUAAUGAAUGCUCCACUGAGGAACAAAAUAGUAUAGUUUCAUCAGAGAAAAAUGAUAAUGAGAAAACCAAGCUAAGCAGUGUUGAAAUGCUCCCAGCAAUAACUGUAGGGACCUGUCAGAUAACGCCAAAAACAGAGGUCCUAUGCAGUUCUUCCACUCAGCUGUCCUCCAAUUUAAUGAAAGAAGUCAAGAAGUACAAAGAACACGAUGCUGAGCCAAAUGGAAAUGAUUUAUUUGCGGUUAUUGAUAAUACAGGACUCUCUGGUGGAGUCUCUAGUGGAAUUUGUAACUUAAUUUCUAGCAGUGUGGUCAAAAAGGAGUCAGAACACAUUGAGCUGAAAUGUACUCAGGAAACAGAUGGACUAGGUGUGAAAAUGUCAGGGGAAAAAAUACCUGACAACUCAUCUGAGAUAGAAAAUGCAUUUCAAACAUCUACAGAACAGAAAGUGGAUGGCUUCACACAGGAUAGUGAGGAAUGUGUUGUAAUGCCAAACAAGGUGUCUAAUAAGAGAACAAUGAGAUCCAAGCCUAAAGAAAUAAUGAAGAAACCUCUCACAUGCAAAUACUGUGGUGUUUCCUUUCGGCACAUUACAGCAUAUGCCAUUCAUCAACGCAUUCAUACAGGUGACAAACCCUACAAAUGCAAGAUCUGUGGAAAAACAUUUGCUCAGCUUUCUAAACUGAAAUCUCACCGUAAUGUACAUAAACAGGAUACCUCUUUUCCUUGUCCUUGCUGUAGCCAAAGAUUCUUGCAGAAAGAAGAUUUGCUAUGUCAUUUUCAAGUCCACUUGCAGGAAUCAAAAGCGAACAGCGAACCACAUAAGGCCAUUAAGAGCAAGAAAAAUACUUCAUCAGAUGUGUGUUCAGAGACCCCAAACAAUUAUGGGUGCCUUAUUUGCAAGAAAAACUUUGUAAACCACAUCAAAUUGCAGAAUCACAUGCAAGCACAUGAAGUGAAGAGGCCCUUGACUUGUAAAGACUGUGGGAAGAAGUUUUGGAAACCGUCAAGCCUCGCAGCUCAUGAAAAAAGUCACUGGCCUGUUAAACCAUAUGCAUGUUCGAUUUGUGGAAAAGGCUUUAACCAGCUGAAGGCCCUAAAAAAACAUUCUCAGGACCAUGCCGGCGAGACUCCUUUCUCCUGCUUUCACUGCGGUCAUGCAUUCAGUGCCCUGUCUGAACUUAGGAUGCACCAGGCAUCAAAAACAUGCAUUGCAAGGAAGAACGAUGAGGCAAGCGGUAACAUUGAGGGCUUUAUUGUAAGUCAAGGAGUUGAUGGUCAAGUGAACACACCAGUAUUCUUCAAGUGCCAAAUAUGCAAACAGCUUUUCAGGAAAUGGUGCCAAUACACUCUUCACCUUCAAACACACACCAGUUCUCCCCCAUACAUUUGUUUUUCUUGUGGUCAGUGUUAUGAGAAGGAUUCAGAAAUGAAUGUUCAUUGUGAGGUUUGUUGCCAGUCAAGUGGGGAGGAGCAAAUUUGUGGUCAAUCACUCUCUGAAAUAAUGCAAGGUGUUACCCAAGUCUACCCUUUAAAGUGUACCUCAUCUCAGACUUUACCAAGUACAGGACUUUCGGCUGAAUUCCCAAACGCAGACCAGCUCGGAACAACUCCCGCAGCUGCCUCAAUCGAUGGAUGUGGUACCUACACAAACAGGAGACACAGAUCUUUCACAGCUUCCUAAAACUUGUUCUACCCUGUCACCCAUCAAGCUCCCAAUUGCUCAGUCACCCAAUCAUUCUGAUGUUGGCUGUACUUCCACAAGUAGCUCUCUAGAAUGCAUUGAAAUCACUCCGAGUCUUUGGAAAUUUAAGUGUUCACGUUGUGGUCAGCGAUUCGAGCAGUACAGGACUUUGAGUGCUCAUCUGCAAAUGCAUGCUCCUGGAUUCAGAUAUACCUGUGCACAUUGUGGACAGUUCUUUGAAAGGUGGAGUAAACUAUGGCUACAUCAGCGACGUCAUCGCCUAAAAAGUCGUCGUUACUCUUGUAAUCAGUGCAAUCUGCAGUUUCAUUUCUUUAGCUCCUUUAAAGAACAUAUGAUCGACCAUGCUGGGCAGAGUCCGUAUUCUUGUCCGCUCUGUCCCAAAACCUUCAUUCAGGAGGCAAGCUUACAUGCUCACCAAUGUGAGUCUCAUAAACUUUGUAAAAGUCUCAAAUGUGAUGUCUGUUCUAAGACUUUCAGUAGUUUAACAAACUUAAUCAAGCACAGUCUUCUGCACAAUGGUUCUACCUCUCACAUUUGUCUCCCUUGCAAUCUCUCAUUCACAAAUACAAGAGUCUUAAAGGAACACUUGAAAACGCACACCACAUCCCAUAGACCGGCCCUCCCUGAUAUCCCAUCAGAGCCACUCGAUUUUCCUCACAAAUGCAAGAGGUGUAAAGCUAGCUUUUCAACGGGAGAUUUGCUGUACGCUCAUCAGAUACGGCACUCUAGAGAUGCAAAGACUCAUGUCCGUCCAGCAUUAGUACCUACCUCAAAAUUGUCAGAUUCUACCCCAUCCACCACUCGAAGGAAUCAUAUAUCAGACCUCAAACUUGAUGGAAUACCCAAUGAUGAAAGCCUGUAUGUUUAUUCCCACCCUGACAGGCUCUAUGUGCCCCCUAGUCGCAGAGUACAGAUUCCAGUCAUUAAUUUGGACCCUGAUGAACACGAGGAGGCCUCAGACUCUCAGAAUACCAGUCCUGAACUUCCAAACAGUGAAAUCACUGCUCAGUCUGACAGCACACAUCUACCUCAGGCCACAUCAGGUCAGGAAACCACCAACCUAAAUUUAAGUGAAAGCAUAAAGGAGAUGGCUAAUGGUAAAUGUAAUUACAGCCGCAGGAAUCAGAGAUCUAGAUUUGUGGAGACAAGUGUUGAUAUGGAGAUAGAAACAACUGCUCAAGAAGAGUCGGAGAGUUUUGAAUGUGCAGACUGCACUGAAAAACUUAGCAGCGUGUUGAGCCUUUAUGAACAUUAUAUACUUCAUGCAAUGGGAGAUACAUAUGUACAUUGAUAAUGUUGGAAGGUAGAUGGUUUCCCGUGGAUUUACGUUUUGAAAUGAAUGUUUAAAACAAAUGUUGACACUCUUAUGUUUUACAGUCCCACUUUGUUUUUGCCUGUUUAAAGCCAAUAUUGGCAAAAUGUUUUUUAUAUUUAUCUUGGAAAAAGGAGCAUUACCAUACCUCUUUCUUCUAACAUGCUCUUUGAGCCCUGAGGUUUUAGUUUAAAAAGUUGUUGCCCACUAGCCAUUCCUAGAGACUGUACUGCAAGGGUCAUGUCACUAUGCCUUAUCUAAAGUCAUCUCUGUGCUGCCCAUUUUUCAACAUAUUUUUAUUUGUGCCUUCAAUGAGAGGUUUGGUUCUGUAAAGGAUCUGUAAAUAGCUGUAAAAAAAACUGCAUAUCUACACAACCUGCUAGUCCGCCCCUGUAAAAAUUGUACUGGUCAUUUUCAACAUUCCAAACUGAAAUUUUGUAACAUUGAGAGGUGGCUAAAUAUAGUUUAACCUAAAGGUUUCAUAUAUGAAUGUCUGGAUGUAACAAAAUAUACUGUAUAUUGUAAAAUUGUGUAGAUCUUGAGAACAUUUCUGGGGAAAAUGUUUGCUUUUGCAAAGAUGACUUUAAGAAUUCUUUUCAUUGUAUUCAGUUUUUUGUAAAUAAAACAUACUACUAGUCA